AUGAAAUAAUCCUAAGUUAACAAAUUUUUCACAAAUUUAGCAGGAUGCCAAUUAAUUUCUAAUGUGGGUACUCCAACAACAACUGCCCCCAGUAAACACAAUAAAAAUGCAAGCUCCACAAUUUCCAAUGGAAAUAAAUAUUUAGUUUACUCCAAACGUACAUCUCGUCUCCAUUUAGAGUCAACCAAAAAGCUCCCUGUUUUAACAACUGUUAUGAAGACAGAAACUCAGGAAACUCCGAAAACUGCAACCAUUAAAAUGAGGAAGGCAAGUGGAAAUUCAGGAGACUUUCGCAUUAUACAUUAACAUUAAAGAAAUAAAACUGAGACUCUCACCCUUUCUAAUAACAUUAAUAUCUCUAAAUUGGACUCUCCUAAAGAAAACUUUGAAGAAGUAGAGUAACUAUAUGUAUAACAAAAUAUUUAACAUACAGCCACAAUUCCAACAUAAAUAGCCCAUGCUGUUGAGAUUCUUUAAUCAGCUUUGACAUCAACCAGAAGUGAAAUAAUCACUAAAUAAGCAUUACCAAAAGUUAAUCCCGUAUAAGUAUUGGGAGAGACAUAUGAAUUCACAAAGAUUCCAAAAAUAAGCUCUAAAAUAAAAAGAACAGAGAUUAAUUAGUAAAUUACAGAAAUUGAAUCCUUAAAUGAAAAAAGUUGUCAUCUAAUGAGGAAAUUAAGAUAAUUGUUACACACUCAUAGAGAGAAGGAAAAGUUAUUGGAGUUAGAAAUCAAAAAGAAGAAGGAAUCUUUGAUUGAUAGAUAAUUUUCAAAAACACUAAGUAAUAUGCCAGAUGAAAAAACACCCAAAGCCAUUGAAUCUAAAUUCAAUUUCAAAUUAAGCACAAUUACCAAGAAGCAAACCAGAAUUCAUCCCAAUUACAGUAUUUAUGAUAACGAAUCAAUGCUUCCAAUAAAAACCAUUAUUGAUGCUUUGAAAGAAAAGAAGGAUGAAAAAUAAGAGAAAGUAUAGAUUAUCUAACAAAUUUAAAAAAAAAACAUCAAAGUAACAGUUGCUUUUGAAGAAAAUGAAAAGGAAAUUGAAUUUUAAAUGCCUGAUUAUAUUGGUGAUUUUCAGUAGAGUUAAAUUUAAUCAACAGAAAUAAAGGAUAAUAAACAAUCAAAUAUCUAUUCAUUGGUCAGCAAAUCUAUGUUAUAGAAGUAAAUAUCUUAAGAUAUAUGUAGCAAAUUUGCUUUGAGAUUAGUGAAGAAAUUCGGAGACAAAGUCAUAAAAACCUAAAAGGAUAAUGAUGCCAUUGAAAAUUUUAACUCAUUCAAAGCUUCUUAAUUUACGAGAUAUUACUUACAGAACCAUAUUUAAAAGUGCUUAGAAAUUAAAUAUGAGCCUCAGUAAGAGAAUGAGGAGAUUUCAACUUGUCAAAAAUAGAGUUUCUUGAAUAAAAAUUAUUAUUCUGAAACAAUGCAAGAGAUCCAAAGCAAAAAUAUGUUGUAAAUCACUUAAUAGCAUAAAGAUUAAUAUAAAUCAUAAUGUGAAGUCUAGACCUUAUUUUAUACUAUUGGGUAGCAUUAGGAAGGACAUCUAAGUGAUAAUAGUAUCCUAAGUCCAAAUGUUUCUCAAUUAGACACCAGUGAUAUAGAAAUGCAAACGCAAUUCAAAAUCAAUUACAUCUAUUACAUGUUAAAUUUAAUAUCUCCAAAUGAUAUAAAACAACAGAAAUUGAGAGUUAUUGUUAACACAAUCGAUGAUGAAACCAAAAAUUAACUUCUACAUUAGGAUCUCUUGAGAUUCCCACAAAUAAUCAAGACUUUGGAAAAAAAAAUAAAAAAUGACCCAGAAAAUAAUUAGUUAUAAAUUCUUAAUGAUUUAGAGACAGAAUUAUUAACAACAGAUUUAACUAUUUUGCAAACCUAAUUUUCCAUUAAAUACAAUUACAUCUUAACAGGGUAAUUUGAAGAUUUUCUACAUCAUUAAGUGACUCAAAUGGAAAAGAUUUAUGUUGAAUAUUGUAAAACUCAAAUUGAUCUAGAUUCAGCAAAAAUCACUGAUAGAUAAUUUACUAAUUUAAACAUACCCUAAAAUUCAAGAAGCAGACUUGCUUCUCCAAUAGGAUCUAACGAAUCAAAAUUGACUAGAAAAGAGAUCAAUCCAUUAUUAGCCAAAGGAAUGAUGUUAAAAAAGAAUUAGAAAUCAAAGAAUUUAUUGGCUACUCAGAAAUUUGCUUCUUCUCAAAAUAUUAUCUACAAAAGUUCUCGUAAUUUGUAAGCCUUGUUGCAUGCAAACACAAAUUCAAAUCAUAACAUCUAAUAAUUUUAGAGUUCUCAUCAAGUUCGAACCUUUUAAAAAGAGUCAGAAUAAUAAACCAAAUCCAAAAGUUCUCAACAACAUAUUUCAAUCAAGUCCAAUUUGAUCACUCAACAAUCAAUGGAUCCCUCGUCUUUGCUAUUCAGAAGUAUGCUAUUACAUGAGAGCCAACAAAAUGAUAAAUCUAACAUUGAUAGAGCUUUCUCCUUAAUAGAAGAUCAUCGGUUACAAGAUCUUAAAGACCUAAUAAAUCAUGAUUAGAAUAUCAACUUAAAUACUCAAGAUUACAAUGGGAAUACUUUUUUGAUACAAGCAGCACGGACAGGAGCCUUUGAAAUAAUUCAGUACUUACUUCGCAAAGGUGCAGAGAUUACUAUUAAAAAUAAUGAUGGAUUAAAUGCUAUCCAAAUAGCAAUUAUUCAUUUGUAAUUUGAGGCAGCAGACGAAAUUAACAGAUUUAGUAGAUCGAAUUCUUUCAUAUCCCAUUGA